AAACCCUUACAGUGCUUAAGAGAUGCAGGCCCUGAGGCCAAGAGGCCUUGCCUACAAGAAGAACAGCCAGGGCCACCUGAAGAGAAGCCGCUCAGUUGUUUGCUGCCUGUUGAGAAUCUUGACCCCAAUUUGGCCGAACGAUUGCUACGAUUAGAGGCCCUAGAGAAAGGAAAGGCUGGGAGCCAGAUGUUACCUCUUCUUAACACACCACGCAGGGAACGGCUGAAUGUUCUGAAACUCCUCGAUGAGACACGCCGUGAGCUGAAGAGAGUUAAAGAAAAGCAGUUAGAAAUGGAAACCCAGACUCUGAAGAACAAAGAAGGUGCGCUUUUCCCCCGAGCUGCAAAACCCCGAAAACAGGCCACAGUACUGCCCCUCCAACAAGUGCAAACACCUGUCAAGAGUCAAGAAGAAGAGGAGGGUGUUGUUAAGAAACAGAAGACCAGAGGCCGAAAGAAGAAGAUUUUAGAUUUCGACUCUGAAAACAAGGCUCCCCUUGAGUUUCAGAUGAAGAUCCAUCCAGAUCAGCUGGCUCAUAGCAAAGCUAAUAUUCUGUCCCUCAUGAACUCAGGUUCCGUGAAGGAUCUUAUGGGCCUGCAUCUCAUUGGCAAGAAAAAGGCCCAGCUCAUUGUGAGCUGGAGAGAAAAUUAUGGAUUUUUUGAGAAGGUACAGGAUCUUGAGAAAAUUCAUGGUAUUACAGCUAAACAAGUAGACUCUUUUAUGGAGGUAUGCAUUUAG